GCAGAAGGUUGACACAGAGCUGUGCAAGAUGAGAGAGGCUCUGAGAGACGCUGAGGCCAAGUCAAAGACACAAGAAGAAGAACAAAACCAGACACGAAAAAUGCUGAUGAAUCAAAUAGAGGAGAUGAAUCGACAACUACAGAAUCACUGUGACAUGGAAGAAGAACUGAGUGAAGCUAACAACAAGAUCAGUCAAGCGUGCCUGGAUAAAGCCAUCUUGUCGACUCAUGUGCUUAAACUGGAGGAUAAUAUAAAAGAACUAAAGGCCAAGCUGACAGAGGCUCUGUCUGACAAAGAUUACUUUAUCAAGGAGAAGGCAGAUCUGGAGUUGCAGCUGCAGGCGGACCAACCGAGUUCAGAGGGUUGUGACCCUUUGCCUAACAAUAACCAACGGGAUCAGGAAGCUGUUGUGAUCGAGGGUGAAAACAAGGCUCUCGCAGAGGCAAAUGAAAAGCUGACACGUGAGCUAGAAAUGAUUAAGCAGGAACUGCAAACAUCUCAGUCUCAGCUACGGGAGGCAACGGCAGAGAGGGUUACCAGCUCCAAACAGAUCACAGCUGUGGAGGCUGAACGAUCUCAGCUGAUCAGGGAAAAAGAAGAACUGUUGAUUCAAAUGAAUGAAGCGGGACCUGAUGAGUUAGAGAAGAUGAAAGAAAAGGGCCACCGCCUCAGGAAAUCUGUGGGAGUUUUGGAAUUAGAGAAACAGACACUUCAGGAUCAGUGCCAGCGUUUGGAGGCUGAGGUCCACGAGAUGAGAGAGAGGCUACACCUGCAAGAGGAAGAACAUCGGAAACAAGAUGCAGUGAGAGUCCAGAGCAGCGAGGAGCUAAAAGCGACGGCCUCACACUGGGCAGAGAAAUGGCAAAAUGCGGCUUUGACACUGCAGUCCACACAGGAAGAGCUAGAGGAACACAAAAGGAACAACUCCAGGAGUAAAGUAAGACGUCCUUUGAAAAGGACUUUACUCUAAAUCAGUUUAUUCACACCAAUCUAGGUUAAAAAAUUAAACAAAUCUACUCACAGCUACAAGCGGAAGCUUCCACAUCUGGCAAACGUUUUUUUUUAACAAUAUGUUU